UAUCCAAUAGCAUCCUCCUACCUCAUAUGAAAUGCCUGUGUGCGAGACCUGGUCUGCAUUGCCAUAAUGGAUCUAGCAGCAGCUGUGUUUAUAUUCAGCCUUCUGUUUACUGCCUCAGACUCUGCCCUCUCUUUGAAGUCAAGAAACUGGGAUAUCUACAGCUUUCACAUCAACUCCACGGUAACCAGUCGCUAUGCUAUCACAGUUAUCACAAGUCAUGUGACGAACACUCGUGACGACUCCAAUGAGAUUGACUUCCAUGUGAAGAUCCCCAAAACCGCCUUCAUCAGCAAAUUUAGAAUGACUAUUGAUGGGCAAACAUACGAUGGGGUUGUUAAACAGAAAGAGGAGGCCCAGCAGCAGUACAGUCAGGCUGUCUCACGAGGCCAAAGUGCCGGACUUGUCAGUUCGGUGGGCAGGACUUUGGAGGAUUUCAAAACAUCUGUGACUAUCGCCGCUCAUAGCAAGGUGACAUUUGAACUCACCUAUGAAGAAGUACUCCAUCGUCGUCUUGGCAAAUAUGAGUUGCUGAUCAAUGCCCAACCUGGUCAAAUUGUCAAAGAUUUUAAGAUUGAUGUAAACAUUUAUGAGAAGCCUGGAAUAAACUUUUUGGAAGUUAAGGGCUCCUUGGGUGAGAAAGACUUGGCCAAUGCCAUCACAACCACACGUGCUGACAAACAGGCAUGGGUAAGUUUCUACCCCACUCAUGGACAGCAAAUGGAUUGUGAUGGUUGUGGAGAGACAGGACUUAAGGGAGAUCUGAAAAUCCUUUAUGAUGUUGACAGACCACGGUCCCAAGGUGAUGUAACGGAACAUGAUGGCUACUUUGUUCAUUUCUUUGCACCAGCUGACCUUGCGCGUAUCCCCAAAAAUGUGGUCUUCAUUAUUGAUCAGAGUGGCUCUAUGCAUGGAAAGAAAAUUGCUCAGACUCGAGGGGCUUUACUGAAGAUUCUGGAUGACUUAGCUGAAGAUGACUAUUUUGGUCUCAUCCUAUUCAAUAGCGAUGUAUCUCCAUGGAAACGCGAACUCCUCCAAGCCACCCAAACUAAUCUGGAGAUGGCAAAACAGUUUGUCAAAGGGAUUACAGAUCAUGGUGCAACAGACAUCAACGCUGCUGUGCUGAAAGGAGUAGAGAUGAUUCAGCAACACCCCAGGAAUGGCUCAGCCUCCAUUCUCAUACUGCUAACAGAUGGAGAUCCCACAUCAGGAGAAACUAAUCAAGGGAAAAUCCAGUCUAAUGUGAGAAAGGCCAUUGGGAAGAAGUUUCCUCUGUACUGCCUUGGAUUUGGGUUUGAUGUGAACUUUGAGUUCCUGCAGAAGAUGGCCCAGGAGAACAGUGGUCUGGCACGCAGGAUCUACGAGGACUCAGACGCAGCUCAACAGCUCAAGGGAUUUUAUGAAGAAGUGGCAACUCCUCUCUUAACAAGUGUGCAGAUAAACUACACGGGUGCUACAAACCUGACCCAAACCACCUUCAGCUAUUACUACAAUGGCUCGGAGAUUGUAGUUGCUGGAAAGAUCCUUGACAACAACAUAGAUGACUUCAAUACAGAUGUUAUAGCAAUAUCAAAACAUGACAUGGUGAAAUACAGUGAUAUCAAGGCCACUAAAGCGGACAAACUGCCUGCAGUGAUGAGUGGGUUUGAAAACUUCCUCCAGAGACUAUGGGCCUGCCUCACCGUGAAACAGCUUCUGGAGAAGGAGUUGAUACUGACCGGCGAGGAGAAGGAGGCAGUGAAGAAGGAGGCCCUUGAUCUCUCUCUCAAGUACAGUUUUGUGACCCCACUCACCUCUAUGGUGGUCACCAAACCCGAGGGCGAGGACUCUCAGGUGGCCAACAAACCCAAAGAGGGAGAGAAGCCUGCUGUCCAUUCUACCAGGAUGUUUUCCCAACCCUCAAGGGCAACCGUCCGCGACAAAAGUAGUUCUGGCAGUUUCCAAAGUCAUUUGAACGGCUAUUCUCUUGGCGGAGGACCACUAAAGAGGCCAAAAUUUUUAUUAAGACAAAAGUCACCGGCAACAAGGAGGGAUCAAGUGGAGCGUAAGCAAGGAUCUUUGCCGGCAAUAGCAGUCCCAAAGGGAGCUGGUUUAUCUCCACCACCAACUGUAAUAUCAGUACGGAAGCCUGUGAGGUUCUUGAUGGCUGCCGAGGGCCAGUCUCUGCCGCUCUGCUUUGACAUCCCAGCAGGCCAUUCUGUCAAACUGCUGCAGGACUCUGCAUCUGGAUUCUCCAUGAACGGACAGCUCAUGUCAGAAGGAGGCAAUGGUUUCCAGAAGAUCAUUAUUCGUGUUAAUGCUGACAAGCACAUUGAGUUUGACACCAAUAAGAUCACCAUCAAAGAUGGACAGUACAUGCAAUCGUUCAUGUGGACAGACAGUAACACAGACCACACUACAGAUAGCAUGAUGGUGAUCAUACGGGACAGUGAAGCAGAUAUCACCAUGACAAAUAUCCGUGUUGUCAUUCUGCUUCAUCGGCAAGAUGGAAAACACUUCCUUUGGCCGGCAAUUCGAAAACGUCCAUCAGAAAAUGAAAUCCCUGGCAUCAUGGGUAAACUACUAAUUGCAUACGAGGAAGUCAACCCCACAAAGCUGAGAAUGCAGGGUGUUGAGGUGAAUGCUUCCAGUGAUUCAGCUGGGGACUACAGUAUCAAGGCUGUGCCCAGAGUGAAAUGCCAACUUGUCGAUCUGAAAUCUGCUCUGCAGAGGGAGCUGUCUGACUUCACAGUCCCUCAACUGUAAAUGAAAAACAAAAAUUAAUUUAAACACUAUAGUCAUGUACACACAAAGUACACAGUGACAACAAUUAACAUACACAUAGAUUCAGAAUUGCAAAUAUUGCAGAAAGGGGGAUCAUGAAUCUUCAUAAGAUGUCAUGUUGUUUUUCAAAGAUGCAGUAAGCUUUUCUAGAUUUGAGUGAUUGGUUAAAAGAUUGAGCCAUUGAUUUAUAGAGAUUUUAACUCUGUUUUUCCAGUUUAAUAAAAUUGUAUUUAGUCAUAGCAUUUUAAUGAAACAAUAAAUCAGUUCUGCAUAUUCAUGCAGGAAUGCUGUUUUAUCCUACAACAAGGUUAACUCAUUUGAAAUUAAGCUGUAAUUGUGAACAAGACUGUUCAUAAACUCAAACCUGAAAAGUCAUUUUGUAAUAUGCCAUUCAACUUCAUAUACUGUACAUGCUAAAUUUAAAACAUUCCCACAAUUGUUGAAGUCAGUAUGAUGAUAUGCUUUAAUUGAGGAGUGCAGCUCAGUUCAUAUUUGAAGACCUCUUAUAAGAGAUGACAGUUGAUUAAAAUGGACAGAUUGCAGGCUACAACUUUCAUUUUAUUAAA